AAGUCCUCCGGCGGCCCCUGCCAUAUCUGAACAUGGGGAACAAGAAUAGGCUUCUCCUUGAUGAAAGUUGUUUUCCACUCAGUUGUAAAGUUGCGGACAGUAAACUGAAAUUCGUCAACGAUAACAAUAGCUCUCCUCUAGCAUUACUAGCUUUAUUUCUCUCCGUCCACCAACACCACAAGAAGGCAAUGAUCUGAACCGUCUUCUCCUUAGACAAAUUAACCGGCGAGUGACCAACCUCCAGUGCCGACGGGCAGGCCUGUCAUCUUCCAUCUGAAGCGCACGCCAGCGUUUUUUAGCUUCCGAGCAGUUAAAAAAACAAGCGAUCCCCAUUCUCAAAAAGUCGAUUGCAAACAACGCAUCUCGUGUCCAGCUGCACCCCUCGCCUUCAAUGUUACGGUGGAGUUGCUGCCGAGCCAAUCAGCCAAAUGGAGCAGUUCGUCUGAACCAACUCCGCAUUGCAUCUCGUCAUUGAUCUCGAUCAACCAAAAUCCAUAUAAAUUGCCCUACUUAAGCAACCACGCAAGCAGAAAUGCCCGUAAACUCGCCGCCAAGCCAAAAGAUGCAACCACAUAAUUAUGCUCAUAUCCUCACCGGAGCCUGCAUCGCUCUCACACUCCUACUAACCAACGCAAACACGGCGGUCGGCCGCCGCCCGGCAGUUCACAGCCCCUCACCCCCCUCCCACGGCACCGGCCACACAAUAACGCUAUACACCACCGGAGCCGCACCGCCCAAUGCCGGAGGCGCCCCUUCCUCGAAACCCCCCAUCUUCACCAGCCACGGCCCGAUCGGCCACUCCGGCAGCUUUCUGCGCGCCCUGACGCGGCCAGGAGCGCUCCGGCCCGGCACGGUGACCCUCGUCGACGAGCAGCUCCACGGCAAGAGGGAAUCCGGGCUGCCCUUGGCCGGGAAGCUGCAGGGGGUCCUCGUCGCCGGCUUGGAUGGUAAUAGCAGCACCAGCCGUAUGGUGGCAGUGAAGGCCCUGUUCGCCGCCGAUGGCGCGGAGGAUAGCAUCAGGUUCUUCGGGGUCCUUCACGACGGCCUGGAAGAGUCUCACGUCGCGGUGGUCGGAGGGACGGGGAGGUACGACGGCGCCUCCGGUUUCGCGGUCGUCAAAGCAGCGGAUGUGCCUGAAACUGGUGGGAAUGUCAGCCUGAGCAGGGCACUCAGUUUCAGUGUGCAUCUCAAGUGAAAGCUCUGGAGCGGGCCUCGCUACCAGUGGUGCAGAAGCUUCAGAAUUUUUUACAGCAAAACUUUGAUCAGAGAGAUGCAGAUAAGUGUUGCUAGGAAUAACUGCAUCCGGGUGUAGUCUGUAAAUCAUUUUGUGCAGUACUGACGGUUGAACACAUUGCCAAAGAAUGAGACUGAACCGAAUGCACGACAAAGAAAUACACAAGCUCAUUUCAUUA